GCCUGUGCCGCGGGGCCGGGCUCCGUGCGGCAGCACUGGGGCCGGGCCCCGCUCCCGCCGCGCUAUGGCGUCGUGUUCCGACAUUCUCCGCAGCGAGUUCCCGGAGCUGGACGGCGAGGUGUUCGCUUACGUGACGGGGAUCCUGCACAGCAGCGGCGCGGACUUCGAGUCGGUGGACGAGCUGGUGGAGGCGGUGGGCGAACUGCUGCAGGAGGUGUCGCGGGACGGCAAGGACGAGCGGGCCAUCCGCGAGGUGUGCCAGCGCCUCUUCAACUGCCUCCAGCUGGACGAAGCCCGGGCGCAGCGCUGCAGCCAGGUGCUUCUGGACGCCCCUAUCCAGCUCUCCCAGAUCACCGACGGAUACGAUGCCAACACGGACCUGCUGCCAGGGUUGCUGCUGAAGAGAGGACAGACGUCGAUGGUGAAUGCCAAGAAACUGGAGAAGGCAGAAGCCAAACUGAAAGCCAAGCAAGACAAGAGGAUGGAGCGGGAUUCUGUGAAGUCAUCCGGCCCUCCAGUCCUCGAGGAGGCAACUGCCAGCCAAGCUGCCAGCAAGAAGGAGACCCGCAUGGAGUCAUCAGGCAAGAACAAGUCGUACGAUGUACGCAUCGAGAACUUCGAUGUCUCCUUUGGUGAGCGGGUCCUGCUGGCAGGGGCAGACCUGAACCUGGCGUUUGGACGGCGCUACGGGCUGGUGGGCAGGAAUGGGCUGGGGAAGACCACGCUGCUGAAGAUGAUUGCCAGUCGGAGCCUGCGCAUUCCCUCACACAUCAGCAUCCUCCACGUGGAGCAGGAGGUGGCAGGUGAUGAGACGCCAGCCCUGCAGAGCGUGCUGGAGUGUGACACCACUCGUGAGAGCCUGCUGAGGGAGGAAAAGGAGCUGACGGCCAAAGUGAAUGCUGGCAGGGGAGAAGGGACGGAAGGUGCCAGGCUAUCGGAGAUCUACGCCAAGCUGGAGGAGAUUGAGGCAGACAAGGCCCCGGCGAGGGCGUCUGUCAUUCUCGCUGGGCUGGGCUUUAAUGCAAAGAUGCAGCAACAGACAACCAAAGAGUUUUCUGGAGGCUGGAGAAUGAGACUGGCCUUAGCCAGAGCCCUGUUUGCCAGGCCAGACCUCCUUCUGCUGGACGAGCCGACAAACAUGCUGGACGUGAGGGCCAUCCUGUGGCUGGAGAACUACCUGCAGACCUGGCAGUCGACCAUCCUCGUGGUGUCCCACGACAGGAACUUCCUGAACACAGUGGCCACGGACAUCAUCCACCUGCACUCGCAGCGCCUGGACGCGUACCGUGGGGACUUUGAGAACUUCAUGAAGACCAAGGAGGAGCGGCUGAAGAACCAGCAGCGGGAGUACGAGGCGCAGCAGCAGUACCGCGAGCAUAUCCAGGUUUUCAUCGACCGCUUUCGCUACAACGCAAACCGGGCGUCCCAAGUUCAGAGCAAGCUCAAGCUGCUGGAGAAGCUGCCAGAGCUGAAACCCGUGGACAAGGAGUCUGAGGUGAUGAUGAAGUUCCCCGAUGGCUUUGAGAAGUUCUCCCCUCCUAUCCUGCAGCUGGAUGAAGUAGACUUCUGCUACGACCCAACUCACUACAUAUUCCGUUCCCUGUCUGUCUCCGCUGACCUGGAGUCCCGCAUCUGCGUGGUUGGGGAAAACGGAGCUGGCAAGUCAACCAUGCUAAAGAUCUUA